AUUCAUUUAUUUUUUAUUUAUUCAUUCAUUUAUUUACUUAUUUAUUUGUUUGUUUGUUUUUAAUCAAUUAUGUAAUUAUUUAUUUACUUAUUUAUUUAUUUAUUUAUUUAUUUAUUUACAUAUUUAUUUGUUUUUAAUCAAUUAUUUACUUAUAUAUCUAUCUAUCCAUCCAUCCAUCCAUCCAUCCAUCCAUCCAUCUAUCUAUCUAUUUUUAUUUAUUUAUUUAUUUAUUUAUUUAUUUAUUUAUUUAUUUAUUUAUUCAUUCAUCAUCCAUAUUUUCCAAUUAGGUAUUUUCUGAUGAUUUUUUAAAUUUUUUAGUUGUUUCGUUUUUAUAGACUUUUAAAGUUUUUUUCUUUGGUUUUGCUUCGUUUUUAGUUUUUUUAUAGUUUUUUUAGUUUUAUAGACUUUUCAACUCGAACCGAAAAAUAAAAAUAACAACAAGAUAAUUAAAAGAAAUCCAAACUUGAAACAACAUAUUUCAAACCCUAACCACAAGAUACUUCCACGGUGACGGUUCGGGAGGGGGACAGACGAGCAAUAUUGCAUCAUCUUCCCCUCCUUUCUCCUUAUUCACAACAUUCUUUGCUACCGAGCAAUCGAAAGUGUAGGAGAAGCCGCCGUGUAGCCAAGUUCCGUAUUGAUUAACAAUGGAUUCCACGAUUUCUUCUUCCCGCGUUGUGCGGUUGAAGAUGAACUUGCGAACAAAAACAAAACAUGCGCGAGGUUGAAAUUAUCUGGUCGCACAAACCUAAAACGACUGGUAGAAAGCUAAGCCCCACGUUGAGGGAAAGGUUGCACAAAUGCAUUGAAAACUUUAGCUCUCUACUUUAGGGUUGCACAAAUGAAAAGAAAACCUUAAAUUUUCUAUUUUUGAAAAAAUGAACAAUAAAAAAGUGAAAUUAUUUUAAAUUUGUAAUUCGUUUGUGAAAUUUUCCCAAUUAAAAAACAUCAUGAAUGGGACAGAUACAUGAGAUAUACUAAGUAUGUUUGUACUUGGACUCGUUUCAGUACAGACAAGACCAAUUCAGACUAGAUCAGACCAAACCAGACUUAGAUAGUUAUAAAAUGCACAAAGACUAGACAUUUACCAAACUAGUUCAAACCAGAUCAAACCAGCAAAUUUCGGUCCAAAUAAAAACAUUCUAAUAAACAUUAACCCUUCCAAAUUGAAAUUAUUUUUGAAAUAUCCACACUUUCAAUAUACUAAUAAUACGGAGUAUAUUUCAGAGAAAGCAUGAUUUCUCUAAACUUUUUAUGUGUUGCAAAUUAUAAAAUGAACAUUAAUGGUUUUUCUUCGCGUAAUUACGAUGCAAAACAGCUGCACGGACAGCAUCCCUAAAUAACCUCAGACCCCGCGCCGCUUUCACCGCUCAUUCAUUUUUGACUCGCAUUUUCUUCCCUGCUUUUACCCCGAGUCUCAAAAUAUUUUUACCCAAAGCCGCCAUUAACGGGCAGAUUUGUUUCUUCUUUCUUAAUUCUUAUCCUGCACCUGGAACAGUUUACCUCAGCAUUCAGAUCCGUCACCUUUCGUGUUUUAGAGAGUGAAACAGAAAGGUAAACAAUUGAAGUAGCAUUAUAUUGAUUCCCACCACCACAAUAUGGCUGGAAAAUCAUUCAAAGCACCGCCUCUGGACCCGCAAACAGGAAAGCUCCAAGGGGGUGGUCCUUCAGUGACCUUUGCAAGGAGGACAUCAUCAGGGCGGUAUGUGAACCUAUCAAGGGACUCGCUUGACAGUGAAAUAAGCGGUGUGGAGUUCGCAAACUACACAGUACACAUCCCGCCUACGCCCGAUAACCAACCCAUGGACCCAUCUAUUUCCCAACGGGUGGAGGAGCAGUAUGUGUCCAAUUCUUUGUUCACAGGAGGGUACAACAGUGUCACACGUGCUCACCUCAUGGACAAGGUGAUUGAGUCAGAAGCCAACAACCAUCCUCAAAUGGCAGGGGUAAAAGGGUCUUCUUGUGCGAUACCGGGUUGUGACGGGAAGGUGAUGCGUGAUGAACGGGGCGAUGACCUUCUUCCAUGCGAGUGUGACUUCAAGAUUUGUAGGGAUUGCUACAUAGACGCUGUGAAAACGGGUGGUGAUGGGAUUUGUCCUGGCUGUAAAGAGGCUUAUAAGAACACUGAUUUGGAUAAGAACGCUGUGGAUCCAAUCAGGCAACAGCCUUUGUCUUUGCCGUCUAAUGUUGGGAUGUCUAAGAUGGAGAGAAGGUUGUCGUUGAUGAAAUCCGGGAGUAAGUCUGCACUGGUAAGAAGUCAGUCUGGCUUGACUAGGAGUCAAACAGGGGAUUUUGAUCACAAUAGAUGGUUGUUUGAGACGAAAGGGACUUAUGGUUAUGGUAAUGCUAUAUGGCCAAAGGGGGAAGAAGGCGGAUCUGGAAAUGAGAAAGGUGAUGAGCCUUCUGAACUUCUUAACAAGCCAUGGAGACCCCUAACUCGAAAACUGAAGAUACCUGCUGCUGUUAUCAGUCCAUAUCGGCUCUUGAUUUUGAUUCGGGUCAUUGUGCUUGGAUUGUUCCUUGCAUGGAGAGUCAGUCAUCCAAACAAUGACGCAAUAUGGCUAUGGUACAUGUCGAUCAUAUGUGAAAUUUGGUUUGCCUUCUCCUGGCUGUUAGAUCAACUUCCCAAGUUAUGCCCAAUCAACCGUGCAACUGACCUCAAUGUCCUAAAAGAGAAAUUUGAAACUCCUUCUCCCGCUAAUCCUUCUGGAAAAUCCGAUCUCCCGGGUCUCGACAUCUUUGUCUCAACUGCAGAUCCAGAAAAGGAGCCACCCCUUGUCACCGCUAAUACCAUCCUCUCUAUUCUUGCUGCGGACUAUCCGGUUGAGAAGCUCUCUUGUUAUGUCUCUGAUGAUGGUGGGGCCCUCCUCACUUUUGAAGCCAUGGCUGAAGCUGCAAGUUUUGCCAACAUAUGGGUCCCAUUUUGCAGGAAACACAGCAUUGAACCUAGGAAUCCGGAGACUUACUUUAACAUGAAAAGGGACCCAUACAAGAAUAAGGUCCGUCCUGAUUUUGUUAAGGACCGCAGACGGGCAAAACGGGAGUACGAUGAGUUUAAGGUUAGGAUUAAUGGUCUGCCAGAUUCUAUACGUAGACGCUCUGAUGCUUAUAAUGCCCGCGAAGAGAUUAAGGCAAUGAAACUUCAAAGAGAGGCGGCCGGUGAUGAAUUCUUGGAGCCUAUUAAAAUCACCAAGGCCACUUGGAUGGCAGAUGGGACUCACUGGCCUGGCACGUGGAAUGCUUCCGUCCAUGAGCAUUCAAGGGGUGAUCAUGCUGGAAUUAUUCAGGUGAUGCUGAAACCACCAAGUGAUGAACCACUGCACGGGAACACUAAUGGCGAAGGCAACACCGCCAUCGAUUUGACAGAAGUUGAUAUUCGGCUACCGUUACUGGUCUAUGUUUCCCGCGAGAAACGGCCCGGCUAUGAUCACAACAAGAAGGCUGGGGCAAUGAAUGCCUUAGUCCGGGCUGCAGCAAUCAUGUCCAAUGGCCCAUUUAUCCUCAACCUCGACUGUGAUCACUAUGUUUACAACUCACAAGCAAUAAGAGAAGGAAUGUGCUUCAUGAUGGACCGCGGUGGUGACCGUUUAUGCUACAUCCAGUUCCCUCAAAGGUUUGAGGGAAUUGAUCCGUCUGACCGUUACGCAAACCACAACACGGUUUUUUUUGACGUCAACAUGCGUGCCUUGGACGGCUUGCAGGGUCCGGUUUAUGUGGGUACGGGAUGUCUCUUCCGCCGGACUGCUCUUUACGGGUUUGAUCCGCCAAGAAACAUGGAAUACCAACCCAGUUGCUGUACCCGUCGGAAGAAAAGGUCGCGUGCCAGUGUGGCUGCUGAUCGGGAGGAGGAGGAUAGGGGUCUUAAGAUGGGCGAUUUUGAUGAUGAGGAGAUGAAUUUUGAUGCUUUCCCCAAAAGGUUCGGUAACUCGAGCCUUCUCAUUGAUUCGAUCCCAGUUGCUGAGUUCCAAGGUAGACCACUUGCUGAUCACCCGGCAGUUAAGAAUGGGCGCCCUCCCGGUGCCUUGACCAUUCCCAGAGACCUUCUUGAUGCGUCCACAGUUGCCGAAGCCAUCAGUGUCAUAUCGUGUUGGUACGAGGACAAGACAGAAUGGGGUAACCGUGUUGGGUGGAUAUACGGAUCGGUGACAGAAGAUGUGGUGACGGGUUACCGGAUGCACAACCGUGGGUGGAGAUCUGUGUAUUGCGUCACUAAGAGAGAUGCAUUCCGUGGGACGGCACCCAUCAACCUGACAGAUAGGCUCCAUCAAGUUCUGCGGUGGGCUACGGGCUCCGUGGAGAUCUUCUUUUCCCGGAACAACGCUCUGCUGGCCAGCCCCAAGAUGAAAAUACUGCAGAGAAUCGCGUACCUCAAUGUCGGCAUCUACCCAUUCACCUCCUUGUUCCUCAUCGUCUAUUGCUUCCUUCCGGCCCUCUCUUUGUUCUCAGGUCAGUUUAUAGUCCAAACCCUCAACGUUACGUUCCUCACGUACCUGCUAGUCAUCACUCUGACACUGUGCAUGCUUGCUGUUCUCGAGAUCAAGUGGUCGGGAAUCAACUUGGAGGAGUGGUGGCGGAAUGAGCAGUUUUGGCUGAUUGGAGGGACAAGCGCCCACUUGGCGGCUGUUCUACAGGGUCUGCUCAAAGUGGUGGCUGGGAUAGAGAUUUCCUUCACCCUCACUUCCAAGUCAGCCGGGGAUGAGAAUGACGAAGAAUUUGCUGAUCUUUACAUUAUUAAAUGGAGUUCACUUAUGAUCCCACCCAUCACCAUCAUGAUGACCAAUUUGAUUGCAAUAGCGGUAGGGUUUAGUAGGACCAUAUACAGUACCAUCCCACAAUGGAGCCGUUUGAUCGGCGGGGUGUUCUUUAGUUUCUGGGUUUUGGCUCAUCUUUACCCUUUUGCUAAAGGGCUAAUGGGAAGAAGAGGUAGGACACCCACUAUUGUGUUUGUUUGGUCAGGCCUUAUUGCUAUUACUAUAUCACUUCUUUGGGUCGCCAUCAAUCCUCCAUCCGGUACUUCUGAAAUUGGUGGCUCAUUCCAGUUCCCUUGAUUUAUUAGUAUUUUUAUUGUUGUUAUUAUUAUUAUAAUUUUUUUAUAAUUAUUAUUAUUAUUAUUACUACUUAUAUAUCUAUAUAUAGAGAGAGGACAAUAUGAUAGCACUUGUUUAUUUAUCUUGGCAGAACCUAUGGUUCUUUUUUGUAGUCCAAUGGGGCAUUGGGGGCCUGCACAUUCUGUAAUAACAAAUUCAACCUCAAC